GGUCGCCGUGGGCGGCAGAAAAAGACACGCGUAGCCUUGGUGGACAAUGGCUCGCUGAAGCCCGAGGCCACGAAAUCAUUGCGGCGCCUUGCGGCCUCGCUACAGCGCCGUGGGAGCUGGACGGUGGAGGCAGUCUCGGCACGUUUUGCAGACAAAAUCUCAAAGGAAAAGCUGGAUGGCAAGCCCGGCGAGGUCCUUGGUCCCUGGCUGAAGCGUGUCGCCGAGGAAGAGGGUAGCCAAGCCAAGGUUCUUCUGCUGCCCCUCCUCAUUGGUCCCAGUGACACUUUGACCAAGACUAUGCCGGAAGCAGCCCUUGGGUCAGACCUGCAGGUAGACAUUGCGCCAAGCCUUGUGUGCUUGUGCCCUGCAAUCUACAAGGCGGAGGCCACUGGAGCAACUGAGAUGGCUGAAAUGCUCACCGAUAAGCUGGGAGACUUGACGCCUGCCUCAGGGGUCACGCAUGUCUUCCUCUGCGACCACGGCUCGCCGGCAGCGCGUGUGGCGGCUGCGCGCGAGGCAGUGAGGUCGGAGCUCGAGGUGAAGUUGGGCCGCGCAGUGACAGCCUGCUGCAUGGAACGACGCGAAGGUCCUGAGUACGACUUCAAUGGGCCUCUGCUGGAGGAUGCCCUGAAGGCAUUGCCUACCGGAGCCUCUGCAAAAGUGGCGCUGCUCUUUCUGCAGGAGGGUCGUCACGCCGGGCCUGGCGGAGACAUCGCGAAGAUUGUCGAAGGAGUGCUGGCGAGUCGCAAGGACCUGAAGAUUGAGACCACAGGAGUGUUGGCAGGCCACGCCGUGCUUGAGGAGCUGCUGUUGAAACGCGCGCAGAAG